GACAUUUCUUUGUUGGAGAAAUGUCUUCUGAGUCAGAAAAGGAUAAAGAGAGACUGAUUCAAGCUGCCAAAAGAUUAUUCUUCCACAUACAAGAUCUGGUUUCCCUCAUAAACCGGUUCGCUGACAUGUUUAACCUCACCAUGAAGACGCAGAUCCUCCCCAUGGAGCUGAGAGAAGAGAGUUGCCUUAAAGAUUUCUUUGAGCAAAUGAUCAGAACUUUUAAAGAGAUGCAAUCAAUGGUGGAUGAAAAGCACAAAGAAAUUCAAAAGGAGCCUUUGUGUUCCCAGGUGGUGACUGCUGUGACCUCAGCUGUGGAGAAGUGUGCCAGCAUGGGUCCAUACCACACAGCUAAAGAAGUGUUCAAAAACAUCCAGACACCAGCUGUGGCCUCUGUGCUGAGCAGUGGUCACAUUCUUGGGAGCCUGGAGUCUUCCCUUUCACUCCUGAUGCAGUUCCCCAUCAUGGGUCUUCGAUUAAGUGACUUCUAUCGAGAGGACACCAAAGAGCAAUCGGAGGCCACCACAUCCAAGAAAAACACAAGCCCAGAACGUCCCAAAGCCAUUGCAGAGGAUGCCUUGAGACAACUGCAAGAUGCUUUCAGAACGGAGAAAGGCCACAAGUCGGUUGGAGCAGCUGCAGAUGAGCUGGAACAGUGUGUCACAACCAUGGGGCCGAUCUUACAGGUCCUCCAGAAAGCCAUGAAGACCAUGGAGGGGGACAUCUCCACAUUUAGGGAAGGCAAAGGCAAGUAG